ACUAAAGUACACUAGAUCAUUUUUCACGUAGGAACUAAUUCAAAUGUUGGACAAAUUUAAUUGACACUGCAGUCUUUAUAAAGGGAAAUAUUAGGCUUACUUUAAAUGCAGAACUGAAACGGCCAGUAGGUGGCGUCAAUUUUCCACUGAGUUAGUGAAUCAUUUAACCAACUCGUUCAAAUCGCCAAUUUGAAUCAUUAACUCGUCCGAGACAUUCAAAACACACAUUCAUUUUGGAGAUAAACACCGCAAAAAGGCAGAUGUUUUAUUUCGGUGCCAUCUUAAAAUCAUCACACGGUGUCGCCAUUGUUCAAAAUCUGAUGGGCUCAAUUUAAACCCCAGCCAGCACAGACACUACGAAGUGAGGCACAUGACCAGACGCAGCUGAUGUCAGGCAUGUCUCAGCCGGUCGCUCACUGAGUGCUGUGACAUGGAAAGCAAGAGGAAGCCUCAUAUACAACCAUAAGUCUACACAUGCAAGCCCCGUCAUAGACAAGAUGCCGCCCACCAAACAACAGGAGACGGGUGGAGAAAUAGAAAGAAUCACCAAGGAGAAUGGAGAACUCAGCGCUUCAGGGGAGAGUUCAGACAGGGUAGACCUGACAACAAGUCAAAUUCACAGCAUGGCAGAUGGGAUCCUGAAAGCAAAUGUGGAUCCACUCGUGGUUCUCAGAGAUUGGCUAUCUCAGCUUGGAACAACAUCCCUACAGUCACCAGAGCAAAGAGAACAAGAGCUCAAUGGACUCCUGCUGCUCUUCAUCCAGGUCUCAGAGAGUGACUGCACCCUUGGUGAUCUGGACCUCCUGGGUUUGGCCCUGGAAGUCGGAGAAGCUUUUGUCUGUCAUGUACAACAGAGAGUGUCGGAGAAGCCUGCAGAGGAAGCCCGAUUUGAAUUGGAGCAGUUCUUUCAGAGGUCAGAGGGCAACAGCAACAAAGGAUGGCUUCUACUAAAAUCAAUAUGUGUUUUGUCCAACAGAGAAUCUGAGGUUGGUGCUAUGAUCAAGACAGGUGUACCUGCUGCUUUAGUCAAGUGCCUGUAUCUGUUUGUGGCUUUACCUCCCAGAAAAGUGAACGGUAACUCUCCAGAAGAUGUGGAAGAGGAAGUCAAAUGCUCUUUUCAGGACACUCUUAUUCAGGCGAUCUUGCAGCUGUGCAGUCGGGUAUGUUUUGUAGAAGUUUUGGUGGAGACGCAGGAGCUCUCAAAUGUGAUCAUCUCUCUGUCCCUCAUGUGGGAUCAGUGCAGCCCCUCAUGGAGACGGCAGGCGUCUCGUGUGCUCAGAGCAGUGUCUGCUGCACAAGCUCAUAACACUGUACCUGCACUGCAAGCUAGUAAUUGCAUGAAGAUCUGCAUCCAGAACAUGCAUAACAUCCGUGCUAAGGUCCCUGGGCAUGUUCUAGCUGAGGUGGUUGUGAGUGUUUUCAGUUUUGUGAAGGACUCUUAUCCUGUAAACCCUGCUCUUUUCGAGGAGUUUGAGAACAAUGAUGCCUAUGACAUCCUACAAGCCGCCUUGUCACGCUGUGAAGAGGAAGUGACAGAGGAGCACAUUCAAGACCUUUUAUGCCUCAUCGCAUCAUUUACUCUUUUUGGCAAGGCUGAGUUAAAAGUGGCCAUAUGUGUGAACAACCCUCAGCCGCCUGGUUUUAGGUUCGACCCCACCCUGACUAAAGGUUCAUCUGUUAAAAACCUCACAGUCUUUCAAAUCAUCCAGUCCUCCUUCCUGCACUCCAGCAACACCGUGAUCUGCAGCCAAAUCCUUCGCACCAUCCAAAUGAUCUGGUCUUGGGAAAAGGCAAACUUCUUCCUGUUGGAGUGGUCUCUACAGUCUCUGGCUCAACUGGCUGAAUGCAUCUGGCAGAAAUCUCCACCCAUUCACCUCAUUUUCUUUGAACUGCUUGAGACCGUCAUCUUCCAGCUCUCUUAUAUCCCACACGAGACCGUCAGAAAGGUGCAGGCAGUGGUGAAGCAGGGCUGUUCAGAGGCCUUCAGCAUCACAGCUCUGGAGUGUUUCUACAGACUCAUCAUGAAUAGUGGAUUGUUGUCAGACGUCCUGAGUGAUGGUGGACUGAUGGAGCAACUGUUGUCUGAGCUUAAAAGAAGAGCUAAGAUUAUCAGAAAGGCUGGUGUUGCUGUAAAUGAAGAGGACACUGAUGACCGUGAUAGGAGGUUGACCACCAACAUUCUGGAUGUAGUUGCAGCUCUGGCCAUGCAGUCGAUCAGAAACACUGUGCUCAUCCGGGAUUUGGGGAUGAUUCCCUAUGUGAAGAUCUUCAUAGACGUCGAGCAGUUCCGCAGUCCCACUCUGUGCAUUCUGGAGCAGCUCUCAGAGGUGAAUCCAGAGGAAUACAUGAGCACAGCCAUCGGAGCUCUCUGCUCGUCCACGGAGAGUGAAAUCAAACUCAAACGGGACCUCCUGCAGUCUAUUAUGAAAGUUUUGGAGAACCCGAAUACUUGGAAUGCCUUCCGCACCGCAGGAGGCUUCACCGGCCUUCUCUCUAUUGUUGUGGACAUGGAGGGAGCCCUGCUGGAACGGCCGAUGGGAGGAUGGGCCUCUCUCAGUCGCCAGAGCAUCGUAGACCUGCUCCUCCUCACCUUACACACCAUCGCCCUCGCCGUGCAUGUGCAUCCGGUUAACAGCCACUUCUUCAACUCCACCGGUCUCUGUGAGAAGUUGGGUGAGGCUCUGUUGCAGCUUGGCUGUUUUCAGAAAGGGGUCCAUGUAGAAACAGAUAAAGACGACUCGCACUGCAGGAGUUUCCAGCAGUUUGUGGAAAUGGCGGAGAGGGCGGAACCUCAGCUGCCGCCACCUUUAGGAGACUGUGUGAAGCUGCUGGGAUUCCUGGAGCAGUUUGCUACCGGUGUGAGCCUGGUUGCAGAUUCAUGUGCAGGCCUGCAGGAUAAUAAUGAGAGGGGCGUGAGUCAGAUCACAGUGGCGGGUCAAAGGGGAGCAGGGAUGUCCAAUGAGGACGAGACUCGGAGUCAAACCAGUGUGUCAGUAUCUACAGAGUCUGGACGGGUUUAUUGUGACCUCCCCAUUCUUCAUCCUGGAGCUGUUAAACUCCUCAUGACUCUCCUGCCUAGUAUUUAUUGUCCCAGUGACCCUCAUUUGUCUGAGGAGCUGCAGUUGUCUGUAGCUCAUCAUGUUCAGACUCUAGUGAAGUCAGAGAGAAACAGACAGAUCAUGUGUGAGUUUGGUCUGCUGUCCACACUGCUGACUCACUGCAAACACAUCCUCAUGGACAACACCAGCUCACUUUACCUGCCUGUAGUUCGGAUCCUGGAGAAACUCGCUUCACAGGCCAUGGAUCACAAGGACCUCAGGCAGUUCCUGUGUCUUGGAGAUCCUCUGAUGUGUAGUGGAAACAAUCAGCUUUCAGUCUCCUGUGAAGACGCCCCUUGCACACACAAGAACAAAGAAACUGAAGAGGAUGAAAAUAAACCUUCUAAAAAGACAAUGAAAAGAAGUUUUAGCCUAUUGAAAACAUCUUCAGGCAGUGGGACAGUAGUUCCUCUUCAUAGAAUCAUAAGCCUCGUCUCCUUCACUUCACCACGGAGCUGUCGGCCACACAAAGUCUCCAUUACCCCUUCUUUUGUGGAGUUUGACAUGACAGACAGUGGCUAUGGGUGUCUAUUUCUGCCAUCUCUUGCUACAGUGAAGGGUGUCAGUGCAGACUUUAUCUCCACUGGCGGCUUGGGCACCGACUGCAGAGGUUUUCCUCCUCCAGCUGGCCUGUCGUUCUCCUGUUGGUUUAUGAUCUGUAGGUUCAGCUCGGCUUGUGAUUCUCACCCUGUGCGACUGCUCACCGUUGUACGCCACAUGUCUCGUGCUGAACAGCAGUUCAGCUGUCUGUCUGUCAGUAUAUCUGCCACUGACGGCUGCUUGGUGGUCUCCACUGAAGAGGAAGCUUAUCAGUUUUUGGAUUUGAUGGAACCAGAGGUUCAGUCUCCCAGUACGCUGUCGUCCUCAGUGCGGUUUAAAUGUUCCCAGCACUUACUAUCUGCUCAGUGGCACCAUCUUUGUCUGGUUAUGGCCAAAGGAAUCAAGAAGAGCUGUUUGGUCACGGUUUAUAUAAACGGAGCCGCAGUCGGAACAGCGAGGAUGAAAUAUAUUCAGCCAUUUCCUGGUCAGUGCAUCUCAAUGGAUCCCUCUGCAGUCAUUGACGUGUGUGGGAUUAUUGGCACUCCAUCAAUAUGGAAACAGCACGCUGCUCUGAUCUGGCGGGUCGGCCCUACAUACUUUUUCGAGGAAGUGUUGAGUUCUGAAUAUGUGGAGACCAUAUAUGAACAGGGCACCAACUACAUUGGAAACUACGUUGCUCUUAGUGUUCCAGAAGGGGAGGCAGAUGAUGUGAUGUCGCGAAUUAGGAUCGUCUCCCCGGAGAGAAUUUCCUUUGCCAUGAACCCAGCGGUAUCCACGGUCACAACAGUAGCAGAUAUAAGAGAUCAAUACAAUGAAGUGGAUUGUCGCCUUAUAGCUAAAGAGAUGGGGAUAACAUCACGUGAUAACUGUACUCCUGUCUUCUUGGCCCAUAACAUCAGUCAGAACCUCAGCGGAACUGCUCGGACAAUUGGGGCAGCCCUGGUUGGUUGUUUUGGAGUAAGAACUUUCAAGUCAUGCAGUGCUGCUAGUAGCUUCCAGUAUGUUGGUGGACCUGCAGCCGUUCUGAGCUUGGUGGCGAUGGCCUCAGACGAUGAUUCCUUGUAUGCUGCUGUCAAAGUUCUUCUCUCUGUUUUGGAGACAAACUCUGUGAUGGAGCAGGAGAUGAAACGAACCAAUGGCUAUAAGCUCUUGUCCUUCCUAUUAAAGAUGAAGUCUCAGCUGGUCAGCAGUAGAAUUUUUAACCUUAUUCUGGCCAUUGUGGGCACAAUGGAGCUGGGCAGUGAUGCUUUUUACAUCCCGAACAUCAGAGCCUUCCAGGACGUCCUCUGUGACUUUGAGGUGUGGCAGAACACUCCAGAAAAUCUCGACCUUCGUGUUUUAAACCAUUUAUCUGAUCUCCUGAAGUCAUCAAGUGGGAGUCAACAGAAUGCUGAGGUCAUGCACAGACUUAACGUGAUGGGCAAACUUCUUAUCGUGCUGCAUGACUCCAGUGUGACCCGUAGGAAGGUGUUAAUCAUCUGUAGCAUCAUUAGAUCCCUCCUUGAGGAACAUUUCAACACCACAGACAUCAAGAGGCUUGGACUCUUCAUAGUUCAUAGUCUUUUGCCUCCCACUUUAAACGAAAAUGAGACUUUCUCUGAUUUGGAUUUCGAUGAUCAGUCACAAGGCUGGAGUCAGACACCUGGAAGAUCGGUUUGGAUCAGGAAUCAGUUGCUCUCUAUGCUGUCUUCUCUAAUCAUCUCAAACGCUUCUCUGUCCAGCAAUAACCAUGAGGAUGUGUUCUUCGCACUGGGAUCCGACUGGUUCCUCCUCUUCUUACAGGGCCACAUCCACACCAGCACAGUGCUGCUGGUUCUCACACUGCUCACUCACUUCCUGUCGAUUCCAAACAUCCUGGCCACGUUCAAAGAGGCUGUGUCACCAGGAACAUUAGUGGGGACUAUGGAGAUGCCUACAAGUAUCACAGAUAAUUUAAGAUCUCACUCAUGGUCAUAUGAGUGUUUGAGCUGCAUUUGCCCAGGGUUUGACGUUCUGCAGAAGCUUCUCAUUACUCAUAUUCACCUGCCUCAGAUUUACGGGUCUCUCGCUGCAAUGCUUUUAGGAAAAUCUGACUUUCAGGUUUCUAUUGAACAGGAAGAUGUUGACGUGAUGCUUCAGAGUCUGAUUGAAAGCUUCAGUGAUGGAGCUGAUGGGGUUAAAUUGUGUGCAGAUGCAGCUUGUGUUCUUUUAGAACUGAUCAAAGUUAUCAUUACUAGGCCUGUAACAGGAAGUGCAGAUGGCUGGGAAGUCCAGUACCCAGGUAGCGUGAUGCAGUUCCUCUGCCUGGUGCACAGUCUGUUUCCUGAAGAUCCCCUCUGGACCUCCCCUCAUUUCCACACUUCACUGGCCAGUGCCGUUUUCCCUUUUGAGAGCUCUACAGGUGUUCAGGGUACCAAAGAGGUUGGUAAUGUGGAGGAGCCCCUCUUGCUCCGGCCCGCCCACCCGGGCAGGAAGCAGGUGUGUGACUUCAUCCGCAUCCUCUUGAUGGAUAGCCUUAUUAACAUCUCUGCCAAAGACGGUGUACAUCCUUUAACACAGCUACUAGAGUUUUCUCCAGAUGGUGUUUGUCAAGAGCAGAGACAGAGCUUUCAGACUGAACUGCUGGAGUUUGUUAUGGACAUCAUCCACAUGACAGGGCAGGAGGAGUCCACACAUGUGGCCAGAGAUGAUCCAUCCAAGUCAAAACCGGACAGAAAAGCUACCAUUUUGAUUGAGAACGUGGCAUUCUUUAGUAAAAAGCUCGUGGAGAAACUCUAUACUGGCAUGUUUGUGGUGGAUCCAGAGACCCUCCUGGUCUUUAUAGCAGAGCAGAUAUCAGUGGCACUGGAGAGAGGUCGGGGUCGCCGGGAGAUGAUGGUCGGUGUCCUGUAUAAAAGCUUGAACCGAGCCCUGCUUUACUUCCUGUCCCGACCCAGACAGACUCCGGCUGAGCAGGAGCUCAUCGUUCAAACCCUUCAGGUGUUGCACCAGCACUGGGAUGUUGUCAUGGUAACCUACAAUGCUAAUGUCCACUUCCUGAGCUGUCUGUUGCACUGCCUCAUGAUCAUCCGCUCUGGCAGCUUUCUCGAUGGUUUUGGAUGUGAAGUUAAUAGAAAACCCUCAAGAAAAAUCUGGAGGCACCUCUUUCCAAACAAGAGCAGCACGGGGACAUCACAAACCAAUGUGAACGAUUCAGCAGAGGUGGAGUCCGAGCUGAUGUUGCUUGUGGAAAGCAUGUGGAGUAAAAUCAUGCAGGAGAGGAGACAGACUCUAGAGGAGGCCUAUAAGAUCGACCUGUCUGCUAAGACUGCUGGGAAAGAGGGACAGCUUUCCAUGAGCGAUGUGAGCCCUUUGUGGGAGGAGACGGCGAUGAAAGCUUGGCAGCUCUUUAUAGACUCCCAGAAUAAAAAGGUAAAUAAUGGUCACCAAAAGAGGGCAGGACUUCUCAGCAGUGCACUGCAGUCCGUUCAGAAGAGGUUCGAGAAGGAUCCCGUCUGCAGUUUUGAGGGGUUUGUUGCUGACAUGGAGGCACAUUGGCAAACUUGUGAAACCAUAUUUGAUGGCAUGUUGAGGAGCCACACACAGAUGAUUCAGAGUGAGAAUGAACGGAUGGCCGGUCAGUGGAUGAGAAUAGAGGAGGAUCUGCUCAGAGAGAGGGGUCUGUUCGGCCCCGGGCCUGGUGUGUUUCUCAAGCGAGGAUGGGUGCAGAAUACAGCGGAGGGCCGGAACCGCACACGAUCUCGAAUUCGUCGUAAAGAACUACGCCGCUCCAAGAAGAUGCCAUCGAUGACUUCAGGCCUCAUUCAGAAAAAUAUCAUUGAAGAAAGAAAAGCAGAUGAAGUAAUUGAGGUUGAUUCAGAACCCAGGAUCCUAUGUGAGGCGGGACGGGAGGUUGAGGAGGAGCCCGGCUUGGACUGUGAGCGUUUGACCUUCUUUCCCGUGUUGAACGAAGCUUCUCUUGUGAGCGAGGAUUUCUCCGAUCAGUGUACAGACACACAGAUUAUACUGCAGGAGCUGGUGCCCAAUGAAGAGGUGAAAGCAAAGCACUGCGUGGUGGUUGUCAGUGGUCAUGUGGUGUCCGAUGGGGUGCUGUUAUUUGGUAAAGCUGACCUCUACAUAUGUGAGGCCUUCACGUUGACCUCCACAGGAGAUGUGUGCUGUAGACUUCAUCAUCAAACCAAUGUGAGAGACUCAUAUAUUUGUAACAUGAUGAAUAAAGAGAAAAGCCCGAGCCCGAGCUGCAAACGCUGGUCAUAUGAUGACAUCAAAGAGGCAAAUUUCAUGCGUUACCUGCUUGAGGACAACGCACUGGAGAUUUUCCUGAAGAAUGGAGCUUCCGUGUUUCUUGUGUUCUUCAACAAUGACCAUGUCAAUGCUUAUAAAAGGCUGUGCUCUGUGGUCUCCUCAUUAAAGGCGAAAGGACCAGAGACUGUAUUUAAUGUGAGAAGAACAGCUGGGGUUGAAAAGAAUGUCCUUAUGAAAUGGCAGAGGGGAGAAAUCAGUAAUUUUGAAUACCUCAUGCAUCUGAACACUCUUGCUGGACGGACGUACAACGAUUUGAUGCAAUAUCCUGUUUUUCCCUGGAUCAUUGCAGAUUAUGAAUCCGAGACUUUAGAUCUGUCGUCUCCCACGACAUUCCGAGACCUCUCCAAACCAAUGGGAGCUCAAACGGAAAAAAGAAAAGAGCAAUUCAUUCAGAGAUACCUUGAGGUGGAAAAUAAUGAAGGUGAUCUGUCUGCACAGUGUCACUAUUGCACACACUAUUCCUCAGCCAUCAUAGUGGCCUCGUACCUGGUGAGGAUGGAGCCUUUCUCCCAAACCUUCCUCUGUCUGCAGGGCGGAAUGUUUGAUGUUCCGGAGCGGAUGUUCUACAGCAUUCAGAAAGAAUGGGAAUCGGCAUCUAAGGACAACAUGAGCGAUGUCAGAGAGCUCAUUCCUGAGUUUUUCUACCUCCCAGACUUCCUUGUCAACUCCAACAACUUUGACUUUGGUUGCAUGCAAAACGGGACAGCUUUGGGUGACGUGGUGUUGCCACCGUGGGCCAAAGGAGACCCGCAGGAGCUCAUCAGGAUGCACAGGAAGGCUCUCGAGAGCGAUUACGUGAGUGCACGUCUGCAUCUUUGGAUUGAUCUGAUCUUCGGCUACAGACAGCAGGGUCCGGCCGCUGUGGAGUCUGUUAACACAUUUCACCCCUAUUUUCACACUGACAAAUACAACACAGCAAGCAUGAAGGAUCCUGUGAUGAAAAGCACCAUCCUUGGCUACAUUAAUAACUUUGGCCAAAUGCCGAAGCAGCUUUUCACGAAACCGCACCCGAGCCGCACGUCUCACAAAAGCUCUGCGGGAAAAGAGACGUCGGUAUCCAGCCAAAUCAGCCCGUUUUUCUAUAAACUGGACAAGCUCAAGCUUUCCGCCCAGCCAAUUAAAGAACCCUUGUUGGGGCCUGUGGGUCAGAUAGUAUGUAAAGAGAAGGACGUGUUGGUCAUGGAAAAAAACAAACUUCUCAUCCCUCCACAGUGGAACACAUACUUCUGCUGGGGUUCAUAUGACCAGACCUGCUCUUUUGGGAACUACACAGCCGAAAAGAGCUUUGGAAUGUGUGAGAGCCUGUCAGAUUGGGGGGAGACUGUGUGUGCUACCUGCCCCAACAGCAACACCAUCAUCACGUCCGGGAAGAGCACUGUGGUGUGUGUGUGGGACAUCUCCAUCACCAAAGACAAACUCAAACACAUGAGACUCAGACAGACCCUGUAUGGACACACAGAUACAGUGACAUGUCUAGCAGCAUCAGAGGCUCACAGCAUGAUUAUUAGCGGCUCUCUGGACCAGACCUGCAUCCUGUGGGACCUGGAAGACCUCGGCUACAUCACACAGUUACCAGAGCAUUCCUCUGGCGUGUCUGCCCUGGCUAUUAAUGACCUGACUGGUGAGAUCGCAUCGUGUGCAGGCACCCAUUUGUACCUGUGGACCAUGAAGGGGCAGCUGCUGGCCUCCAUCGAUGCUUCCUGCGGGCCCGAAGCAAACAUCCUGUGCUGUUGCUUUACGCAGAAACACGAGUGGGACCCCCGCAACGCUGUCAUCACCGGCUGCGCAGAUGGCGUUGUCAGGAUAUGGAAGACUGAAUAUACUAGAGUACAAUUACCUGGACAUGAGAAGCCCUCAAUGUCUCAAGGGCACGUUUUGUCAUCGGCUCCUGAAGAAGCAGACGACGGUUCGUGGAAGUGGGAGAGACACCUGGUGCUCUGUCGAGAGUUAAACCGCAAUCCGUCGGCCUCGCGGCGACGGGGCAAAAUUAACCCUGCCAUCACCGCUCUGGGCAUAUCCAGAACGCAUGGCACACUGCUGGUUGGUGAUGCCUGGGGUAGGGUGCACGGCUGGUCCUGCGAGAACUAGAAUCAGACCGUCGAUCAAUCGUCUGUCAGUCUAGGUUUCAGACAUGCAAACACAGUCCGGCUUAAGUGCUGCCUACGUGUGCACUUCACGCUCACCACUUCCAGCAGGACUGCUGACUACAGGAGAGUCGCUCUGGGUCUGCUGAAUUACAGGGAUGACGCAUUGGACUGGGUGAGGCUCGCUGGCCAGGGCCGGAAACACAACCCUGCUUAUUUAAGAAAUGAAAGACUAUACGUCAAAAAAUUGAGAUGGGUUUUAUUGUAUAGCAGCUCUGUUUCUCUCAGUAGACUGUCAGAAAGUCAAAGUAAUGUUUAUUUUAUAAACACCGGUAUGCUGAACUUAUAAUCAAAGUUGUUUGACUAUAUUUUAUAUUUUUGUUUUAAAUACAUUGAAUGGAUUGAAUGUGUAACUCGUAAAGCAGCGGGGUUCUGCUUAUUCUAGUCGUGUUAUGCUGGAAACAUAAGAAUGUUUGAGAACAUGUUGCAUAGCAACGUUUCUUGCGCAAUGUUUUUCAUUGGAUUUUUUUGAAAAGAUAAUCAAGCAGAUUUUAUUGGUUAAACCUAAUAUUGUUUAAUUAGAUAUGAAUAAAACUGUUACUCUUACUCUGGUACUAUUCCUAGUUUGAAAUAACAUUUGUCUUAAACACAAGGGAAAACUCGACAUCUAAAGGGCUGAAUCAACCCUCCCCAACCAAUUACAGAGGAGUUUCCAUUGGCAGUGUGCCCCGGAUUCCCAUCAGGGAGGGAAGAGCUGCGUUUUGAAUACUUGCACAUUCCACGAUCAGGAGAAUUCGGGAAUAAAUGCUACUGAAUUACGGUGUGCACGGUGACACGCUGUUUUAACUGUGUGAGGCAUUAUUGUUUAAUAUCACAUUCCAAAACUAUGUGGUGUGAUUGUUAAAGAGCAGUAGUUUUAUAUACAUUUAAAGGUUUUUAUAGGUUAUUAUAGAAAGUCUAUUGUUUUGCACUGCGGUAAAGGGCUGGAAUUAAAAAUUCCUUUUUUGGUUAAGUUCUUGCGGAAAACAUGUUAAGGAUUUAGUUUUUUUCACCCUUGCAGGCCUGAAUCAUACUGAACCACAUUCAAACAUGAUCAAAUCAUGUCUCGUUGCAGUUGUUGCUUUAAAUUAUAAAAUACACCUUUUACCAGA